AUGAGAGGUCUUACCGUUAGUUCCGCAAACCGCACCCCAUCCGACUCUGUUUUCAUGAUCGCAGGAGUCAGCUCUGGCAGAGGAGACACCGGUUUUGGCGGAGGAGUCAGAGUGGAUAACCGUCUUUCAGUUUGGUUUCUUCGACACAGGAUUUCCGGAGACAGCGUUGGUGGAGGAGACACCGGUUUUGCCGGUAUGUUUGGUCGAUGGGGAUUUUCCAUCGAGUUUCAUCGCAGAUUCUCUGGAUUUUGA